AGUUCCCCCCAGCGGCACGUCUCCGAAGAAAACACUCGGCCGCUUCCUGUGGCACGCAUGUACACAGCAGAGAUCGGGCGAUGAAAACCUCCAAGAAAAAGCUGCCCACCAGCAGCGAACCUAAGCAGAAUAAUUCAGACGCCAACAGCGAAGAGGAAAAGGAGCUGUGUCCUGGUUUCAAAGACGUGGACGCCUUCGUUAAAUAUGAGUUGGGAGCUGUGCUAUCAGCCACUAAAGCCUCCGCUGGCUUACCGCAGGCCGGAGACGAAUAUGACUUCUACCGGAGCUUUCCAGGCUUCCAGGAGUUCUGUGAAAGUCAAGGAGAUAAACUUUUGCACUGCAUGAGUCAGAUAAUGCAGCACCAUGGCUGCAGAUCUCACAUAAGAGACCGGAACAAGCUAACCGGCGUGGAGGAGAGGUUUGACUUGGUUGUGGACUCCAACGAUGUUAUUCUCGAGAGAGCGGGGAUUCUCCUUGAUGAAGCUGAUGGGGUGAACAGGAACCAGAAUCCCGUUAUGCCUGCCGGGUUUCAGCCUCCGAAGAUUGUCGUUUCCAGCUGGAACCGUAAGAGUUCCAGCUCAGGCAGUCGAUCGGAGACGUUCCGACUGCUUCACGCCAAGAACGUUGCGAGACCCCAGCUGAAGUUUAAGGAGAAAGUUGACAACAGCAACACACCUUUUGUUCCCAAGAUCUUCAUCAAGCCCAAUGCGUUGAAGCCACUUCCAUCAUAUUUCUCAAACAAACAAAUCCGUAAAGAGAGACCAGAGGACCUGGAUGUCCCGGCUGCCCUGGCUGACUUCAUCCACCAGCAGAGAACUCAGGAACACGUAGAAGACAUGUUUGCACAUCCCUACCAGUACGAGCUGGACCAUCUGACCAUACUGGAACGCUUGCUGUCCAAGCCAGAGCCUCAGAUGUACAAACCGGUGGCUGAGACCAAGCUGUCCUUUAUUGACUCACUGGAGGAUCUGGUGGCUCUUAACGAGAAGCUGUGCAAAUUAUCUGAAUUUGCAGUGGACCUGGAGCACCAUUCCUACAGGAGCUUCCUCGGCCUCACCUGCCUGAUGCAGAUCUCCACCAGGGAGGAGGACUUCAUCAUCGACACCCUGGAGCUCCGCAGCGAAAUGUACAUCCUGAACGAGGCGUUCACUGACCCGACUAUCGUCAAAGUUUUUCAUGGUGCCGAUUCUGACGUGGAGUGGCUCCAGAGGGACUUGGGCUUGUACGUUGUCAACCUGUUUGACACCCAUCAGGCGAGCCGAGCCCUGAACCUGGCCAGGCAUUCCCUCGACCACUUACUCAAACAGUUCUGCAACGUGAACUCAGACAAACGCUACCAGCUGGCCGACUGGAGGAUCCGACCCUUGCCAGAUGAGAUGAUCGAGUACGCUCGAGCGGACACCCACUAUCUCCUUUACAUCUACGACUGCAUGAGGGCUCAGCUGCUGGAGUCCAACCACGGGCAGCCGGGCCUGCUGCAGUCCGUCUGGAACAAGAGCAAAGACGUUUCACUGAAGAAAUACGUGAAGCCGAUCUACACGGAGGAGUCAUAUUUAGAGCUGCAGAGGAAGCAGAAAAGGUCUUUUAACACUCAGCAGCUCACCACGUUCAGGCUGCUGUACGCCUGGAGAGACAAGCUGGCCAGGCAGGAGGAUGAAAGCACCGGAUAUGUCCUGCCCACGCAUAUGAUGAUCAAAAUAUCUGAAGAACUGCCCAAAGAGCCUCAGGGCAUCAUUGCCUGCUGUAACCCUGUGCCGCCGCUGGUGAGGCAGCAGGUCAACGAGCUUCAUUUGUUGGUACAGCAAGGCAGGGAAAUGCCGCUCCUGAAGGCCGAGAUCGCAGCUCAGAAGAAGAAAGGACUCACGCCCGUCAAAAAGGCUGACGUCACGUUGUUUGGUCCACACGAUACGUCCAGGGGGUCUGAGAGCGAGCACCCUCAGUUCUCGGCUGAUGACGUCCCAGUUAAACAGGGAAUCCUGUUCUCAGAGGAGGAUCGUCAAAUGGACAUCGAUGAGCAGAAGAUAAGCGGCCUCUUGGCUCCAGCUAAAAUCACUGUUUUUCAGGAACUGGAAACUCCUGCUGACCAAGAGUCCCAAUCCGUAGCCCAGAUGAAAGCCAUGCGUAUUAUCGAGGCUUUUGAAAAUCCUUUUAGAAUGUAUUUACCCUCCACGGGAGCACACGUCAGCAAAAAUGCCAAGUUUGACCCGUCUUCAAAAAUAUUUGAGAUCAGCAAGAGAUGGAAACUGCAGAGUAUUGAAAAGCAGGAGAAGGAGUUGGAGGUCAAGAAGAAAGCAAAGGAGGAAGCAAAAAAGCAAGCAAAGAAACUGUCAGAGGAAAGAACCAAGGCUAAACAGAGCUAUCAGGAGUCUCUGAAGAACAUCACCACCGUUCGCCAGCAGGCAGUGGAGUCCAAGGAUGGUGGGACAAAAAGAGCAAAGGGGGACAGUGGGGUUGGAGAGAUGACUCCCAAACCGAGUAAGAAGCUGAUGAAAUCAGCAGAGAAGGCGCAGAAGACUGAACCUGAAGAAAGCUUCAAGCCCUUUGACUAUACUCAGUCAGACCUUAAAGUUUUUGAUGGUUCCAAAGCUAGGGACAACACACAGUUUGAUCCAGCUCGGCAAGGCCAGGAUUUUAGGAAAAAGAAGUUUCCCCAAGGACAAAAGAGAAAUGUUUCUGCAGGAAACAGAAGUAUGUCAUACAUGAGCGGGAAAUCAGAAAGAGGUUUCCGAAAUAAGUGGCCCAAGAGAUAGACUCUGCAUUUUUUUUUCCUCCUUUUAAAUCACAUGGAAUACAUAUAUUUUCUUUUUUUUUUUCCUGUUUAUCACAAGGGAAAGUCAGUAUUUCAGAAUUUGAGUUUCAAAGUGGGUUUUUUUUCUCCACCUGUUAUACUGCCCUGUAAAUAUGUGGAAACACACAACUCUUUAUUAAAGUUGUUUUUUAAAAGAAAA